CUCUCAACCUCCACGGCCGGGCACCCCGUCCAACAUUGCCACCACUACAAAAUGCCGUCCCUAACACGCUUUGGUCUCGUGGCCCUGGCCUCUUCUCACAGCAUUUAUGCCUCACCGCUUGUCCCUCUUGAGACAACGCAAACAGUGAGUCGGAUCGACGACCGAUCGUUCGACGAAGCAGGCUUCAUCCACCUUGUCGACUGCCACCCAUUAGAAGAGGCACCAACGAACUCGACACAGAGCUGGAUGUCACUCGUAAUUUACUGCCCUGACGGCACCGACUGCAACAACAUUGACCACUUCCCCGAAGCGCAAGACAUCUGUGCCAUGAAGACGAGCGACAUAGCGCUUGAUUACCACAAAUGGGAGAACAGCGACUGGCAGCACUGUUACUUUGCCGAAAGGGGGGUAUUCAGUUGGGCGAUUAGCAGGUUUGCGCGGCUGUUUCCGCCUGCUACAGAGGUUGGAAUAGGUGAGGAUGUCGACUCUCAGGGAUUUGCUGCCUUUCGAGGCGAUGAAUUGCAGGGGGCCGGGCCGGCGACGCACAAUUGCUCCAGGGUGUAUUACUUUGCCCCUGACUGAAGUUAGGGUAGGUAGGUACCUACCGAGUUAGGCAGCGCGGUUAGUUGCUACACCACCAUUGGGAAAGGGAUUCUUAGUCGCUGUUUGUAAGAGCAUGAUGCAUCUGAAGGGUUCGUUGGGGGGGCCAUACUGUUGAAGGCUUCUCGCAUAGCAUGGAAGACAGCAGGUGCCGCUGAACUGGAGCAGGCCGGAGGGGGGUGUUAAGGGUGCUGACUAUGUAUUUUGAGGCAACUGACCUCGCUACACAGUGUCUUUCUAUUCAUUGCCGUACUAUGAUAUAUCAUUGCUCUCCCAAGUUGACCUAACUUUAACAACACCGCCCGCGGUGCCUGAAACCACCUCC